GCAGUGUCACUCACAGAGUCAGUCAACAACUCUGAAUUAAGACGAUGGCGGCUGCAAUGGCUUCUCAUGUUUCGACGGCUCGAUCACCGGCUCUUUCCUUCUCUUCUUCGUCAUCCUCCUUCUUCCCUGGUACUACUCUUCGGAGAUUCUCCGCCGUUUCACUCCCUUCUCCGGCCCUACCUCGCCUUCGUGUUUCUUGUCAAGCCUCCUCCGUCACUUCGCCUUCUUCUACUUCCGAUGCCAAAGGAAAGUCUGACCUGAAAGACUUUCUGGCCAUAGAUGAUUUUGAUACAGCGACCAUAAAAAAGAUUUUAGACAAGGCUUCAGAGGUUAAGGCCUUGCUUAAAUCAGGGGAGAGAAAUUAUCUACCUUUUAAAGGGAAGUCUAUGUCUAUGAUCUUUGCUAAACCCUCCAUGAGGACUCGGGUUUCGUUUGAGACUGGUUUUUUCUUGCUUGGUGGCCAUGCGUUAUAUCUAGGACCCAAUGACAUUCAGAUGGGUAAGCGGGAGGAAACUCGUGAUGUUGCUCGUGUUCUGUCACGCUAUAAUGACAUCAUUAUGGCUCGUGUAUUUGCUCAUCAGGACAUUCUUGAUUUGGCUAACUACUCAAGUGUACCAGUUGUCAAUGGUCUGACUGAUCAUAAUCAUCCUUGCCAAAUCAUGGCUGAUGCCCUCACAAUGAUCGAGCACAUUGGUCAAGUCGAAGGGACAAAGGUUGUGUAUGUUGGAGAUGGAAACAACAUGGUACACUCUUGGUUAGAAUUGGCCUCCGUUAUUCCUUUCCAUUUUGUCUGCGCUUGCCCAAAAGGGUAUGAACCAGACAAAGAAAGAGUUUCAAAGGCAAAGCAAGCUGGAUUAAGUAAGAUAGAAAUCACCAAUGAUCCUAAAGAAGCUGUUAUUGGAGCUGAUGUUGUGUACUCAGACGUAUGGGCCAGUAUGGGGCAAAAGGAUGAAGCCGAAGCUCGCCGUAAAGCAUUCCAAGGAUUCCAGGUGGAUGAAGCUCUUAUGAAGUUGGCGGGUCCAAAAGCCUAUUUCAUGCAUUGUUUGCCUGCAGAAAGAGGAGUGGAGACAAUGAUUGUGUUGAAAGUAGGGAUAACCACCAUCUUUCCUCCUACCAAGAAGAGCUCGGAGAAAGAUCUUAAUGGUGGAACUUGGUGGGAUCAUUCCGACGAUAGAUUUGAAAGAGAUCUCUUUGAACGUCCAUACGAGGUGAAAAUGCGUAACACUCAUGUGCUACCAGAAAGUGGUUACAUGGCUCCAAGUAAAAUCAAUCCUUAUUAUGAAACAUUGGGUCUAUAUGACAUAGUUUCUCCUCAAGCUGUCAAUACAUUUUGUGACCAACUCGACGCUUCUUCAAAUCAAAGGGAAACUAUGUUGGAGUAUGCGAAAGCUAUUGAUGGACUUGCAAAAGAUUUAGCAAGGAGAUUAGUAGAGAGUUACGGGCUUGUUGAGACAGACUAUUUCAGUGGAUGCCCGAGCCUAUUUCGGAUUAACAAGUAUCAUUUUAAACCUGAAACAGUAGGGAAGCCCGGUGUACAAUUACACACGGAUACCGGGUUCUUGACGAUUCUUCAAGAUGAUGAAAAUGUUGGUGGACUUGAAGUCAUGGAUAAUUCUUCAGGAACGUUCUUUCCCAUCAACCCGUUGCCAAACACGCUUGCUAUCAACCUUGGAGACUCAGCUACAAUAUGGAGCAAUGGGAGGUUGUGCAAUGUGAAACAUAGAGUGCAAUGCAAAGAAGCAACAACGAGGAUUUCUAUUGCGUCCUUCUUAUUAGGACCAAUGGAUACAGAUCUUGAAGUUCCAAGUGCGUUUGUGGAUGUUGAACACCCGCGGUUAUACAAGCCUAUCAGCUACAAAGGACUAAGACAACUAAGAAUCACUAUGAAAUUGCAUGAUGGAGAAGCUCUCAAGCUUAUAACUCAUGAAGGACUUAAAUGAUUUUUUUUUUUUAAAAGUGAGAAAUAAAGUUGUACGUGUGUC